AUGUGGGAGUUUCUGCUCUUCACCGUAGCUGUGACUGUCUCGCCUGCCUGGGCACAAUACAUCCGUCUGGUUGGUGGGAGCGGCUCUCACGAGGGGAGAGUUGAGGUGUUCCAUAACGGCCAAUGGGGGACGGUCUGUGACGACUUCUGGGAGAUUGAUGAUGCACACGUGGUCUGCCGUCAGCUGGGCUACCCGGGUGCAGAUGAAGCAAAAACCAACGCCUUCUUUGGCGAAGGAACGGGACGGAUCUGGUUGGAUAAUGUACGCUGUACCGGUAGUGAGGCGACCAUAUCCCAGUGUACCCACGCAACAUGGGGCAGUCAUGACUGCAGUCACAGGGAGGAUGCCGGGGUUGUUUGUACAUUCGACGAGUGCGCGUCUUCCCCCUGUGUACACGGGACCUGUAUCGACGGGGUGGGGAGAUACAGCUGUAGGUGUGAGAACGGCUGGACAGGAACAAAUUGUAAUCAAAACAUCGACGACUGCGCAUCAUCCCCAUGCGCACAUGGAGCCUGUAUUGACGGAGUAGCGAGCUACACCUGUAACUGUGAGAACGGCUGGACAGGAGACAUCUGUGAUGAAGACAUAGACCAGUGCGCGAGCAGCCCUUGUGUGCUGGGAGGGACCUGCCUGGAUCACGUGAAUGGCUACAGCUGUGUCUGUCCUAAAGAUACCGUUGGCAAGAACUGUGAAACUGCAUCUUUUGCAGGAGAUUGCUACCAGUUCUCCACCUCAGCUGCCACCCACCGAGACGCCACCCAGGCCUGCAGUGCCAAGAACAGCCACAUGGCGGACGUGAGGAGCGAGCAACAGGAACUGUUCCUGGCCAACACCAUCGCGGCCACCACUGGCGUGUCCAACUGGCUGGCCAUGAAAACCGCGCCAUUACCUAUGAUUUACAGUGAUGGGUCUCCUUUUUCAGGUGCCCUGCACUGGUCAACAGGCGAACUUUCUUCACCUUUAGACCUUUGUGUUCUCCUGGACAGCACCGACAACUUCCAGGCAAAGACUGCUUUAUGCACGGAGCAACACAACUUUGUCUGCCAGUCUGAACUCCAACCAUGUGAGCCAAACGUGUGCCAGAACGGCGGGUAUUGUAGCUCCUGUUUCGGCGGCUCCACCACCUUCUGUGACUGUCUUAAUGGAUUCGAAGGAAAGCUGUGUGAAAUCAACAUUGACGAGUGCGCGUCCGGUCCGUGCCAAAAUGGCGGGAGGUGUGAUGAUGGCAUCAAUUCCUACUCCUGCCGAUGCCCAACUGGGUACCAAGGAGACCACUGCGAGUUAGACCUGGACCUGUGUUCCCCCAACCCGUGUCCUUCUGGCUUUACUUGUCAUGACGUCGGGAUUUCCAUUCAUUGCAUUGGCAGUCCAGUCGCCCGGGGGCUCCCCUACCAGUGCAGCAGCGCCUCCUGUCCGGAUGGUAUGUACUGCACCCCUGAGGGCGUGGCAGCCUUCUCGUGCAAGCCUGAGUGACGUCACAACAACCGAAGCCUUCCACGUGACAACGACCAGCCAAUGGCCGCUUCUUGCGUGCCUUGAAAAUGCGCUUUUGUC